AAUUUAUUAAUAAAAAUAUAUUUUACAGGUGUAAUCUCAUCAUAAUAUGCUGGAACAAAUUAAAUUUGUAUAAUAUGGGGGAUGAUAACAAGCCAUUUGCAUGUAAUAUUGAUGGUUGUGGAAUGCAUUUUACAAAUGAAGAUCAUUUGACUGUUCACAAAAGAAGACAUCAAAUGCGUUUAAACCUCAAUUCAUCAAAUAUUAGAAAUACUGUGGCUGAUCAGACACCUACUCCUACAAGAUUUAUCAAAAUAGGAGAAGAAUAUGGAUUGUUUCAGGAUUUGUCAAAUGUUAAUCCUUUUGAAGAACAAUUUCGUAAGGCAUCACAGUCUGUGGAGAAAGGACAAAUCUCUAUUAAUGAGGCUUCAUCUAUACUAACCAGUAUAUCUGAACAAGACUCAUUAAAUACACCAAUUCCAGUUACAGCAGUGGAAAAUGAUCUCACAGUUACCACAACUACUGCUGAAUCAAGUGAUUUAAUAAAUUCAGAUGAUACAUCUACAGUGCUGCCAGAUGACACUCCUACAGACUUAGGAGAUACUAUGCCUUUUCCAUCUAAUUCUUUAACUUCAACAACAACUUUAGACAGUAAUGAUAAUGAAAUUGAAGUAAUUGUUCCUAGAUCACCAGAAAAAACUUUUUUGCCAUCUUCUCUUCAUGUUACAAAUAACAUAGUUACAAGUACUAGUGCAUGUACAGUUGUUCAAACACCAGUAAUAACAUGUGUAGGACUGACAACACCAUCUGCACCAAAAACCAGUACAACUGGAGUUCCAACUGCUGUUGUUACAAGAGCAGUUAGCAGCACAGAUGUAACUCUUUCCACACAAAUAUCUCAAGUUUCAACUGUACCAGUUUCUAUAAAUUCUGGUGUUACCUCAAAUACAACUAUUCAGCCUGUACCUGCAAUAGCAGCACCAGUGUUUCAAUUAGUUCUUAAACUUGCUAAUGGCCAAACUCCUGCACAGUUUCCUUUGACAUUUCCUUUAACCAAUCCUAUUCUUGCAACACAACCAGUACCAUCACCUGUUGUAGCAGUUGCUUCAAAACCUGCCACUCAACAAAAUCAGAACAACCAAUCUGUAACUAAAAUGAAAUUGAUAGAAACAAUACAGAAUCAUAGGAUUGUUGCAACAGGAAUGUCACCACCAUCGUCAUCUUCAUCAUCAUCUCAUUCUCCAACUUCAAAUAUUCAAGUAGCCACUCCCGUUCAUGCUGUUUCCCCUCCCCAAAUUAAUCAUUCAAAUAGUGCAGUUAAAUCCACAACAAAUGGUCUUAAUAAUAUUCGAAAUACUGGGAGGAGAAGAAAAGGUCAUGAUGAUAAUCCAGAUGAAAAAAGAAGAAAAUUUUUGGAAAGAAACAGGGCAGCUGCUAAUCGUUGUCGCCAACGUAGAAAACAAUGGAUUCAUAACUUAGAAUCAAAAGCCAAAGAAUUGUCAGAUACCAAUACCCAAUUACAGCAUGAAGUGACAAUGUUAAGGAGUGAAGUUGCACAUUUAAAAACAAUGCUAUUAGCUCAUAAAGACUGCCCAAUUACUCUACAACAACGAGCUGCCCAACAACCAAACAUGUCUUCAGUGACCACAGUGUCUCUGAACACAACAAAUAGUGUCCCAGUGACUUCCAUCAUCCCUGAUAAUAAUGUGGUUUCUACUGUUAUCAGCGAAUCAGAAAAUUCACUUCCUCUUGCUGUUGAAUUAGUGGAAAUUGAAGUGAGUUCGUCCCAAAAUAGUAACAUUGACAGUUGUAGGCAGUCUGUUCUCUAAAUUGGGAAUAUCAUUUGUUUUAUAUUUGUACAGAAGCACAUGUAUAUUUUACUUCAUUGUGUUUGCGGAAACACAAAUAUUAUCUACUGUUUCAAUACUUGUUUUUAAUAUAUUAAAUAUUAAAAGAUCUAUAAAUGAACUUGU